UAUACUUACUUGCUCAUAAAGUUAUACCCAUAGUAGAUAUGAAGAUGAUCUUGGAAGAUUUUUCUUCUAGUCAACUUGUAAAAACCAAAAGAUUCCCUGUUAAAGGGCUUAAAGUUUUAACACGAUUUCAAUCAAGAAAUUAUAUGGCUUUCAAAAAGAGAAUAGAGUUUCAAUGAAGCAACAAAAGAUUGUUGUACCUUUUUGCUGUUGAAGCACUAUAACGGCUGCGUUAAUAUAUUCUGAGAUAUUUUCUAAUACGCAAGCUAAUAAUAUGUGUUUAUAUACAAUUAUUAUUGUAUAUAAAUAUAAUUAUAUAUUCAUGGAAAAAGCUGAACACAAAGGAAAAGAAUGUAUACUUUUCUUCACCACAGAAGCUUAAGCUGCAAGUCAGGACUUGCAUGCAACGCAUUACCCAAACUUGGCUCUUUCCCUCUACCGCCACACUAGUAUAAUAAUAGCCUAUUACCUGCUAUAUCAACCUAACCAUAGUUCUCAUUUCAGAUAAAUAUUAAACACCUGCUUAUGGAUGAUGCCAUGUACAUAAGAAAGAAGUUCCACACCAAGCUUUGUUUCAAGAAUGGAUAAUUUGUUUAGGCAAACAAGAGUAAGAUUUUCAGGAUUCGGGCAGGACAAGAACGAAGGGUCUAGUAGCAGCAAAGACCUAACUAUACCAGUCCAGAAAACUAUAACUUUUAAAGAUAGAAAGAAAGAUCAGAACUGGUUCAGGAGACAAUUCAGUAAGCAAAUGAAUCAAGAUAAUGAUUCUAACGAUAUUGACCGUGCAACUGCUGUGGCAGCUGCUGCAUAUGCCAUUAGCUCACUCAAAGACUUAGGUCUCCCAUAUCAAAGAGAACAACCUGAAACAUCUAAGAUAUCAAGCAAAGGCAAGAAAGAGUCAACACUUUCGAUCCAGGAACCUGGUAGAGCUUCAAAAAGUUUCUCUGGUAAAGGUACAAUGAAAAGUUCAGAAAACCCAGACAGCAUGGUGCCAGCAACUGCUGCUACCCAUACAAAAAAACCAGAAAAAACCUUGCUCCCGGCCCCUUCAUUUAGAAAGACUGGAUCAACGCUUGAGAUGGAACUUAGCGGCAGUUCUAAAGUUGGAAGGACAGCAUCAAAAACAGAGGUAGCUGCCAAACCACUACAUGAUAAGCAGCCGAGCCACAGAUAUGACACUGGAACUUCAACAUCAAAAUCUGAUUUGCCCACCACAGUGAAACCACCGCCUCAACCAAAGAGACAAAGCUCAACAGGGCCUGGAAUGAGGAAAGCUCAAGCAGAUGCUUGGGAAGAAGCUGAGAUGGCGAGAGUCCAAGAAAGGUAUGAUAAGCAAAUGGCGACUAUACUUGACUGGGAGCAGAAAAGGAAGGAGAAAGCCAAACGCCACGCAGUAAAAUCAGAGGGAAAAUUGGAGGAAAAAAGAGCAAAAGCUUUAAAAAAGUACCGCACGGAGAUGGAAUAUAUAGAUCAAGUUGCAGGGGGAGCAAGGGCAAAGGCAGAAGAAAAAAAGAGGAAGGACCAAUUAAAGGUGAAGGAAAAAGCUGAUACAAUCAGAAGAACAGGAGCACUUCCAAAAACAUGUUUCUGCUUUUGAAUGACACAUAUUAUGUAACCUGGAAUACUUUCAAGCAUCAAAAAUAAACAAUGUAGAUAUUUCCUUACAUCACUUUACUCGAAAUGAAACAACAGUGAGAUGACAAA